UUCCUAAUCAUAUUCUAAAUAUAUAUAUAUUUCUAUAUUCUUAACUCUUUUGAAAGAUGAUUUGUUUGGUAUCUCGAACCGGAAGAGAGUUGCAGAGAUAUAACAACAUGGGUGGCAGACAAGUUGUAGGAUGCAUACCUUAUAGAUAUAAACAAGACAUAGAUGGUAAUAGAAGCAACGAAUUGGAAGUACUAAUGGUUAGUUCACAGAAAACUCAAAGACUAAUGUUUCCAAAGGGAGGAUGGGAACUUGAUGAAUCUCUACAAGAAGCUGCUUCUAGGGAAUCCCUUGAAGAAGCAGGAGUCAUAGGAUUAGUUGAGUGUGAAUUGGGACAGUGGAAUUUCAUUAGCAAAAGAUAUGGAAUAUACUAUGAAGGCUAUAUGUUCCCUUUGUUUGUCAAGGAGCAACUUGAUCAAUGGCCUGAGAAAAAUCUUAGGACAAGAGUAUGGAUGAGUGUUGGUGAAGCUAGAGAAGUUUGUCAACAUUGGUGGAUGAAGGAAGCAUUAGAUAUAUUGCUUCAAAGGCUCAUUUCUUCAAAGCAACAAAAGCAUUAGACAUAAGUGAAUUUCUUUCUGUUGGAGUAAUUUGAGAUUAAUGGCAUAAGGCAAAAGGAAGAAUUGAAUUUCUUGUACAUUAAUUUAGUGCUUUUAAUAAAUAAAGAAUGAACAAAGAUGGAGAAUAUCCGUAUUGUUGUCAAA